CCGUGACGUGUUUGACGUCAUCUCCAAGCGACUUCUCCGCGCGCUAUUCGGAGAAACGAACUCGCGGUGGGGAAAGAAAAAGAAAAUUUGGAGCUAAUUAGCGGACAACAACCUUGUUCUCUGGAUUAUUGAACCUCAGCAGGACACUGAUGUUUUCUCCGCGUGGCGGCCCGAGUUCGGCCCGCCGGCAGCAGAGCAGAACACCCGCCAGGAGAACGUCCAGCAGCCUUCUGCUCACCCCAAGGAGGACGACUCUAUCGGGGAGACCGACGCCCACUCGUGAUCAAAGCAACGCCCCCUCGGACGGCCUCAACUAUGACGUGCAAACGUUCGGUUCUUCACUCCCUGUCAAAGUGAUGGAAGUGCUGACUGUGCUUAACGCUGAGGAGCAGAUAUCUGUGAAAGUGAGUGAGAGUGGCUGGGCCUGGAUGGUCUGCGGAGACAGACUCAUCAUCUGGAAGAUAUCCCAGACAGCAGUGACCAAGCUGAGUGUGUGUAAAGAGCUUCAGCUGCCCAACAGCCAGUACAACUACACAGCCGACCAUGUGGCCGUCACGUCGACCGGGCCAUUGGAAGUAGCGCCAGUGCAGGGGUUGUCUGUGCUGGCCGUGGCUGCCGAGGGCACCGCUCGCUUGUGGCCCAGCUUGUCUCAGGAGGGCAACUAUUCCGAGGCUGACCUGGACUUGGGAGAUCUGUGUUCCUUUGUGGUGACAGUCACAGACGGCAGCUUUGUGGUGUCCUCGGCUAAAAGUCGCAUGUUGCGCGUUGCAGCAGAUGCUUCAGGAAGGCUUCAGUACCGAGCGCUGCAACAGGGCCAGGGCAUGUUGUCCGGCAUCGGGCGCCGAAUGUCCAGCCUGUUCGGCAUCCUGUCUCCCCCUUCAGACGACGAUCUGCAAAGCUUGUUGUGGGUGGAUGCUACCAGCUCCCUCUACGCGCUGACUAACUCACGCCUCAGCAAAUGGGAAGUGGACGAGAGCUCGGAGCAACAGACGGUCAGCUGGGACACCCAGCGAGCUCUGACCGAAAGCAUCACCGACGCCAUUUGGGGUUCGGAGGGUAACUACGAGGAGAUGCGAAGCGGCAUCAACGUAUCUUUUCUGGACAUGAAGUUUAGCCAGACCGGGUUGGUAAUACUGGCUGCCGCCUGGCACCCAUCUGACACGCCCUGCCUUGUCUACUAUGUCCUGGUCACCGUGCAGGACCUCGGUGCCGCCAUCUCUAACCAGUUCAUUGUGGAAGUCAGCAACUUCAACCCCAACUUCCAGAACAAGUCAGAGCUGUACGCCACACGUCUCUUGCUACCACCUUCUCCUGGCACCACCGCCUUCCUCUACAACAGGGAGCUCGUCUUCGCCUGUUCCACAGGAAGCAGCAGGGUGAACUUUCCUGACGAGAAAAUCCUUUUCAACUCGCCUGGUGAUGGCGUGCGCGGUGGUGGCUGCUGCGCCAACCUGCCCGUCUUCUUCUCUCUGAACAGCGGCUUGGUAGCCGUGGUGGCCCGGGAGCGCGCCUCGAUCCUGCCCGAGACCGUGGAGGACUCGCUGUGCUCGUCUCUGGCGGCAAGACCGGAGGUAUCCGUGAUGGAGCAGCCCAGCCGAGCUGAGCCGGUACCUCAAGAGGACAAACCUAGGCUCCUGAAGGCAGCGUUUCUGCAGUUCUCCCGGAUUCGAGAGCAAGAAAGUGAGGAACUAGGGAGGAUGGAACCAAACGCAGGAAAACUGGAAGGCCAGGCAGGUAACGAUCUCCUGGGUGCUCAGGCACUUAUCGACGAGCUCUUCUCGACUGGUGACGAUGAGGUGGAGGGCGGCGAACUGGACGCCAUGGUGACCCAGAUCGACCUGGACCUGCUGGAUGACUACCCAGCUUCAGACCCCCGUUGGGCUGAGUCUGUGCCUGAUGAGAUCGCUGGGUUCCCACUGACGUCCCUCAUCAUUCUCCAUCAAUUGGAGGACAAGAUGAAGGCCCACAGCUGCUUCAUGGACUUCCUUCUGCAGGUGGGCCUCCUGGAGCGUCUGGGACACGUCUGGGUACGCUCGUCACCCAUGGCCACGCGGCUACUGCUGUGCGAGCACGCCGAGAAGCUGCAGGCGGCCGUGGUCCUGAAAAACCACCACAGCAAACACGGCGAGCUGGUCAAUCGGGCCAUCGGCAUCGCACUGCACAAGAGCAACGCCACCGUGCCACCAGGUCUUACUGGGGCUGAUAUUUUCUUCCGGGAGGUUUCACAGAUCUCCACCAUCUUUGAUUGUCUCCUGGAAGAGGAAGAGAGGAGCUUGAAGGAGAACCCUGUGGACUCAGUGCAGUGGGCUGAGGUGGUUCUGACUGUCAACACAAUCAUCAAGGACAUGCUUCAUGCAGCCGGUCAUUACAGAGAGAGCAAAGCGUCCAUUUAUAGAGCGUCUGAACACGCCGCCGCAGACGUAGAAUACAUCCCGUGGACAGCUCUGAGUGGCGCGGGUGGCAUCCGAACAGUUAUCUCCCGACAACACGAGCUCAUCCUGCGCUCCAUGUACCCCCACGCCGACUCGGAGCUGCGCAGUGUGCUGUGUGAGCAGCUGGUGGCGCUGUUAGACUUCUACUUGGGCAGCUAUGUGUCUCAGCUUAACUCUCUGAAACAGCAGGAGCAAGAGCGCUACAACACCCUGGAAAUGGAGUACAGUCAACGGCGAUCAGAGCUACUGGCGCCACUAUUGGAGUUAGGUCAGUACCAAUGGGUGGCGGCACUGGCUGAAAAGUACUGCGACUUUGACAUCCUGGUCCAAAUGUGCGAGCUGACUGACAACCAGAGCCGCCUGCAGCACUACAUGAGCAAGUUCGAAGAGCAGAACUUUGCGGACUUCCUGUUCCGCUGGUACAUGGAGAAAGGCAAGCGAGGCAAGCUUCUGUCCCAGCCGGCCACUCAGCACCAGCAGCUGGCGGGAUUCCUCCAAGCGCAUCAACACCUCAGCUGGCUACACGACAUACAUGUGCAACACUACCACACUGCUCAAAAAACGCUGUACAAACAAGCCAACCUGGAGACACGGUAUUUUGCCAAGAAGAAGACACUGCUGGCUCUCAGCAAGCUAGCGGCGCUGGCAUCAGAUCUCCCGGAAGACGAGCGUAGCAAACAAGUUGACGAAAUUGUGGAGCAGGAACGCUUCCUGCUACACCAGGAGACGUUACCAAGGCAGCUUUUGGAGGACAAGCAGCAGAACCCUGACACCAUGCCGCUUCUCAGUGCAUACCAGUUGGUCCAACUUUACAUCUGCGACGACAACCGGCGAGCCAAUGAGUAUGACUUCAAGAAGGCUUUGGAUCUCCUGGAGUACAUUCAAGAGCAGGAAGAUGACAUCAACAUCCACUCGCUCAAGUGCCAAAUCUUUGGAAAAGCGCUCAGACGGGAUGAUUGGUCUCACGCUGACUGCAACGACGACCCUCUGGAGGCGGCCAAGGACAGCGUUUUUGUCAAAAUCCUGGUCAAGCUCAUUGACGAAGGUGUUGGACUGCAGACGUACCUGCCAGAGGUCAAGGAGCUGCUGGAGCUAGACGAACUGAGCCCUCUCAAGUCCAAAGCGUACUUUGAGUUUGUGUUGCGGGCAAAUUAUGAACAUUACUUGCAGGCGCAGAUGUGAACGUUCAGCCUUAUUUUCUUUGUACUGUUUUUUUUCGAAAUGAAAUGAUUUGUUACAUGAUUGCUUGUGCUUGCUUUAAAAGUUACCUUGGCUACAUUUGAUACAAAAUAAGAUUUACUUUUGAUCUGUCACUGCAAAGCCUUCAAAUAAAACCUGAGGCAAUGACACAA